GCAUCGCUUUGGACACACUGAUUGAUCAGUGUUUUUAUUUUUUUGUUUGGUUCUGCAUAUCUAAUAAUUUAAUAACACAUUAAUGCAGCCAUUUAUUGUCAUUCGCAACUACACGCAAGAUGACGAGCUCAAGUGCCAGGAGCUGGUGCGGGACUAUAUCAUGUCGUUCUCGAAUAAGUCCUUUUUUGUCUAUUGCUUCCGAGAGAUCACUCUGCAGUUCAUAGUCAUCACGUGGGCCAUAUUCUUCAUAUUUCUAGGAGUGCCCCUGCUUUUUUGUGCACUCACUGUGCCCGCUUGCAUAUUUUGCCUCUUUACCGGCACCUACUUUUCGUUUUACUCCAAGGCAGUGGAGUUGAUGCGGACCAAACCAUCGCAAUCUUUGGUGGCCGAGUGCUAUGAACCCUUCAUUUUCCGCUGUUCACCCAAGGAAGCUAGCUACCAGAUAUUUACCGAGAACUGUCCAUACGAGGAGGCAUACACGAGGAAAUUCCGGCGCAGGAUUGUGGCCGCCAUUAGUGUAAAGAAUCACCACGCCGUAUACAAUGCUGCAUGGAUCUAUCGCUUUGCCAUCGAUCCCCAUUACCCGUGUCAGACGAUCAUGGAGCCCAUGAUAAAACUGGUGGUCAAGAACUGCAUUAGCGGCGGGUACGCCUCACUGGAGUGCACUAUCUCCGAGUGGCAGGAAAGUGAGCGCGACUUUUACGAUGAUUUUGGAUUCGUUACGCGGCAGAUCUACCACAAAAAGAUCAUCGGCAGCAGUUUGGCAGUGAUGAAGACACAGCUGACCUAUGGCUUGCGUACCGACGGAGCAGCUUUGCACAAGGAAAACUAGUGCGUGACCAAUGGUGCAAUAUAGAUGAUAGAUAGAUGGAUUCUGUGUAAUCUAGUUCAAUAUUUACGUAUUUAUCCUGUGAACUUUACAUUCCAGUCACGUAUUGCGUCCCGAACUCAAAUCACACCGAAUUAAGCCCUGGAUGGCGUUUCUUUGUCGAUUCGACAAUGCUUAAAGCCAGUUUAGCCAAUAUAUAGUAAGCUAAUACUCCAUAAACAUUCCUGCACGUCGACAGACUUUACCCGUCGUCGGCUCGACAAAGAGUAAAUUCCGUCUAGGAUUAGGAAGAAACUUUAUAAUCUCCACACUCGAAGUUUUAAUAAUUGUAAACACGUUGACACUGCU